AUGAGGCGGUCAAGUCUGCGACCACGACAGAUCGAUGUGCAUGCACGUAUGGCUAUCAUACGGGAGGAAAAAGAUCUGAACGCGGAUGAAGAAGGCGCUGCUGGAUCAUCCCAGCCUCAUGUGAUGUUCCAGCAGCUCGUAGCGAAUCUGGAAGCUCGUCAAAAGGCUGGAAGCCAAUCAAAACGUAAAAAGAAGGAUAUCCCAAUUCCUGUGAUACUAUCAGUAUCAUCUUAUGACGUUUCAGUCUCUGCUGACUUUGACGUACCUACGUCUUAUGUGAGGUUCCAAGCUCUUCCACGAGAUGAAAAUGCUGCAGGAUCUGAAACGUCAAAUUCUGAGUCACCAGAUGUUGAAGUGGAUUUGGAUUUAGAAGACAUGAGAUGGCUCCGUCGUCAUCCAAAAUACGGUGUAGACGGAGAUCCACGCUAUCAAGUGUCACAGGAACGCUUUGGGCAAAUGCUGGACGCCCUUGAGAAAGCAUCGGCAUUACUUAACCCCAAUGUGAUGACAUUGGCUGAGGCUGAGGAAGUGUUUGCCAGGAGACUGAAUAUGCACAAAACACCGCUCAAUCGCGUCACGUGUGACGUGUACGCGUACUGGGCAGCUAAGCGUCAAAAGUUACGUCGUCCUCUGCUGCGCCGUUUCUGGCCGCAGACGCCACUGAAUGACACGAACCCACACUCUGUCUUUCGACCGCGAGAAAAAGAGCGCUAUAAACUUCGUAAGCAUCGUAAGAACGACUUGGAAGGAUUCCGUAAGCUGCAGCAACUGCGUGUAGACUUUGAGCGCGUGCGACGUAUAUUGGAUUUAGUGCGACGGCGAGAACGAGCAAAAAGACUGCAGUUAGAUUUUUUGGAUGAAAUUCGACGACAGGCGGAACAUGAGCUCACAAAUCGUGGACCGAAUGCGGUGGUACGCAAGCCGGUGAUCCCUAUGGAUGGAGAACGUGAGCGUCACAAGAAGAAGAAAAAGAAAAAGAGAAAACAUCGUGAUGGCGAGAGUGACAGUUUCGAUGGCGAUGUGUUUGUAUCAGGAGAUUUAAAGAAUGGAGGUGAUGGUAAGACUGCAGCUACUGUGGUCGAAGGACCGCAAAUUGCACCAACCUUUAUGGAGUAUGACACAUCGGCAAACUUUGUGAUGGAGGACUCAACAGACACGGAUGGAUCUCCGCGGAAACUUAGCGGCCCAGUAUACCCGUCCUAUCCUCUGUCACCACCUCUGUUGAUGGCAGCGAUCUUCCAGCAACCACCCAAGUACAGAUGCCGCGGCCGUAUUGGCCGUGGUGGACGAUUGGUCAUGGAUCGAAUUCCAGUUCCUUCUUCUCGAUACUAUGGUCCUACAGAGACGAUCGCGCCUUCACUUCAAUCAAAUCCCUUAAUCGCCAGCGAGGCAGUGACAGGAUUAAGAACGCCUGAGAAUGGCGGAUCAAGGUUACCAAUUGCAAACGCUGAGGUUGAAGUUGCUGCCAAUCACGGAGCUAUUCUUGUUCAGGAAUUGUCCAUUCACCCUUUGAUGCACAAAAUUAAUGAGGUUACGUCAAAGCGAUUAGAUGAAAUCUAUGGCAUGAGCGACAGUGAAGACGAGUUUCUAGAGCCUCUAUCGUCUUCAGUGUACGAGACUUUGACAACACGAAAGACAACUAGUGGCGGAAAGGGUCUGCACAAUGCGCAUGCAGAGCCCGAUCGAAAGGUGAAAUUUACGCUAGAUGUGUAA